UAUUCAACCAGCUCUGCAGACGGACGGGUUAAAUACAUGAUAUAAUUAUUCUGUAAUAUAAUAUACAACUAUACUUACCCACCGCCGCUGAUAACGAGACGUUUCGCCGUUAGUGUUCGUUGAAUAAAUUUCAAUUCAAAUUGCAUAAUAUCGCCUCAGACCGGUGUUCGCACACUACUUCGAGUCCGGCUUUAUCUAGUGGUGUUGUCAUUUCUUGCAUUCACGAAACAUAGACCUUCUAGUCCAGCAUAUAUAAUGCUUAGGACGGUACACUGUUUGAAGGGCAGUGUGAUGAUGUUGCGUUGCUUCCCGUGGCUUAGCACGCCGCAUCACAGCCUGCAGCUGACCGGCCAUCGACGGCCAACAGAUGUGGACGUGUGGACGUGUCGGACGUGGACCUUAGAUACGAAAGGCAAAAAAACACAGUGUCACGAUGAAACGGUGUGGAAAGAGACGAUGUGCGACAAAAGCGAUGGAACGGCGCAGAAAACGAUAGUGUAUGAGAACAGUGAAAUUCCCUGUUACGGAGCAGCAACCACGGGGAAGGACAAGUUUAAGGACAGUAAUAAAUAUGGACCCUUCGACACCGUCGUCCACUAUUUAUACUCAAAAGAAAUCAAAGAUUUUUUAGUCGCGUUCAAGACUUUCGACUACCAGAAGAUCAAAGAGAUUCCCAAUGGCCCGUUUUGGAUGGCCUUCGCCACCGUCGGACCGCUAAUGUUGCGAACCACGGUGGUCGUUGCAACGCUGAGCCCCGGCGAUUACUCGUUGAACGUCAUGAUCUACAUGCUCGCCUACGUGUCCAUCGCCAAAGGAUGGUUGCUAGCCACUACCGGUGAUCCGUCACAGUUCGCGUCGUUCAGCCGCUUCUCGACGGCCAUCGCUCCGAUCGCAGUGUCCGGGAUUGCAGCCGCCGUAGCUCCGACACCUGUCGCGCUGCUUAUCGUCUGGUGGACCACCUUGGACGUGGCUACGAAGCUCUCCAACCUGGACGGUACGCAGCUACAACAGUCACCGCCACCACCAUGGUUCAGACAAUUGGUGGUACUCGUGUUCCAAGUGUGUACAGCUAGCAUGGUGUUGGCCCUGCCCAGCGCAAUUUUCCACUAACCGCAGUUGUCAUCUUGACAAAUUAUGAAGACUGACUACAACCAACCCUCCCCCCACCGCAAAAUAUCUGUAGCAUCGACCUUUUCGUAUUAUUAUUUUUCGGACGUUUUUUCCUGCAUUCAUAUUAAACCAAUUAUUUGGAUACACUAUAUUAUAUAUACAUUACAUUUACACAUUUACAUGUUUAUACAUUGAUAAUGGUUAUAGUGGUUUUUUCAGUUUAAAUAUAAAAAUAAUGUACGUCGUUUUCACGUUUUCCACGGUUGUGCAGACACCGUCUUUCGACCAAUAUUUUUAUUUUUAUUUUUCUAAACAGUAAUUUUUUUCUCUUUUAAAUCCUUCUCCCCUGAACGACUUUGGAUUACGCUGUCGUCAAACGUUUUGCAGUUUAACGGAGUAAAUUAUACGUCUAUACGUGUAUAUAAAUACGUACAUUUCGUCUCGUCCUAUAUUCAUGUAUUUCGACCGGAUAAUACCUAUGUAUUCAUUCAUCCGUAGUGUAACUUUAUACAUCAUAUAUGCAUAUGUGUGUGUGUAUUAUAUUACAUCUACACUCGCACUCACAAGUGACUGUGACAGCGCGUAUUCAUGGCGUUACUUUUGUAUGGACGAAAUUUGAUAAUAUAUGCGAAAACGGAAACGUCGAAAUUCGUAUAGGUAAAUUCAUAUGUGUUUCAUAUGUAUUUUUUUGCUGUCACGUAAAUUUAACAAUAACCUUUUUUUAAAUUCAAUCACAUUGGACAAAUAAUUAAUUUGCUUACACACUUGUGUGUGUUCACACAUACGUCCAAUACGUCCAUCACUCGUUUGUUAUUUUUUAUUAUUAUUUUCAUGUCGC